ACACUCACACACGACCAAAUACAAACACACAUACACACACACACAUGUGAUUCUAAGCUCUCGGUUCUGUAUGGUCUCGUUUUCCUUUACGAGAGGAGGAGAGUGUGAGAGGGGUGGGCUUCAGCGACUGUAUUAUAACGACCGAAUCACACUGAAUUAAGCGUAACUUCAUGGCCAAGGUAAAUGCGGUAGACUUCCUGAACUUUUGACCAGUCGUCUCCAUCAGUAACUUAUUUCACUUGGCACCCGGAGUCUCUGCAGCGUGGGUUGAAGAAGAGAACAAGUGAUCGGCUGCUGAAUGUAGGCCAAAGGGCAUGAACAAAAGCGCAAUAACUGAUGACAUGGAAAUGCAGGAUGAUCCAGAUUUGCAGUUUAAACUGGCUUAUCCAGAUUCAGAAAGAAUCGACACAGGCAUUAAAACCCGAGCGAGAGGCCAGUGGUCCAGUAAAGUGGAAUUUAUCUUAGCUGUUGCUGGCCAGAUCAUUGGUUUGGGAAAUGUGUGGAGAUUUCCAUAUCUGUGUUACAAGAACGGAGGAGGAGUGUUUUUCAUUCCAUAUGUGGUCUUUCUGUUUGCCUGCGGCAUUCCUCUUUUUCUUAUGGAGACUGCUUUGGGUCAGUACACCAGCCAAGGGUCUGUUACCUGUUGGAGGAAGAUCUGCCCACUAUUUGAAGGUCUGGGUUAUGGGAGUCAGGUGGUUGUCUUCUAUUCCAGUACCUACUACAUCAUCAUUUUGGCCUGGGCUUUCUUCUAUCUCUUCUCCUCUUUUAGUGGUGAACUGCCAUGGGCUAGCUGUAGGAACUGGUGGAAUACAGAAAACUGUGUUGAGUUUGACCGAAUAGGAGGGACGAGAAACCUGAGCUUUAUGGAGAAUGCAUCAUCACCUGUUAAAGAAUUUUGGGAGAGGCGAGUAUUGAAUAUAACUGGAAGUGUGAAUGAGCUGGGCAGUUUGAGAUGGGAGCUGGCUCUGUGUCUCCUGCUGGCCUGGAUCAUUUGCUACUUCUGUGUGUGGAAGGGAGUGAAGUCCACAGGCAAGGUUGUGUAUUUCACUGCUACAUUUCCAUAUGCUAUGCUGCUGGUGCUUCUGAUUCGAGGUCUUACGUUGCCUGGAGCCAUUGAUGGCAUUACCUUCUACCUCUACCCAAAUCCAGCACGCCUUACAGACCCACAGGUAUGGAUGGAUGCUGGAACACAAAUAUUUUACUCGUAUGCUCUCUGCAUUGGGUGCCUUACAGCUUUGGGAAGCUACAAUAAAUACAACAACAACUGCUACAAAGAUUGUGUUUACCUGUGCCUGCUGAACAGCGGGACCAGUUUUGUAGCUGGCUUUGCCAUCUUUUCAGUUUUGGGCUUCAUGGCGUUCGAACAGGGGGUUGAUAUCUCAAUGGUAGCAGAGUCAGGUCCUGGUUUGGCCUUCAUUGCAUAUCCACGAGCUGUAGCUAUGAUGCCCCUGUCUCAACUGUGGUCCAUAUGUUUCUUCCUCAUGAUUAUUCUGCUGGGGCUUGACAGUGAGUUUGUGGGAUUAGAGUCUCUCAUGACAGCCAUAACAGACAUGCACUCCAACUUCUUCCUCCAAGGACAUCGUCGUAAACUCUUCCUCCUCCUCAUUUGUGUGGCCUGCUUCCUCAUUGGCCUCCUGAUGGUAACCGAGGGUGGCCUGUAUAUAUUCCAAUUAUUUGAUUACUAUUCCUGCAGUGGAAUGACCCUCCUCCUAUUUGCCCUUGCACAGUCAAUAUGUAUUGGCUGGUUUUAUGGUGCUGAUCGACUGUAUGAAAAUAUUGUAGACAUGAUCGGUUAUCGUCCUUUGACACUAAUGAAAUACUGUUGGAAAUACAUCACUCCUAUUGUGUGUAUAGGCACAUUUGUCUUCUCUUUGGUCAAAUUCACUCCUCUAAAGUUUAACAACACAUUUGAAUACCCAUGGUGGGGUUAUGCUGUUGGCUGGUGGUUUACCCUCUCCUCGACAUUGAUGGUUCCCAUAUGGAUGAUCUAUGUCAUCCUUAUCACUCCUGGUACACUGAAACAGAGACUGCGUGUCCUUUGCACUCCAGCAAGCGAUCUACCUUUGACAUCGGAAAGACGAAAAGAAACCCUGUGACCCCAACAGACAGUACAACAUGUCCCAUGACUGAUAGGGUGGGGGGGGGCAUCCUUGGGCUGUAUUUUGGACAACUUUUGAUAUCAUUAAUGCCUUUGAAGAUACACAUUCUCGUGAGAUCUCAAGAAAGCACAAACACAAACUGUACGUGACUGUUUUAGAAGUUAUUGAAUUUUUCUAUCUUACAUUCUCAAUUGCAAGCAACUAAAUGUGGAUUUAAACUGGAAAUGAAAAAUAUAAGCUCAGCUUCCAUGUUCGGCUGUAUCUGAGGAAAACCCAGUUUGACGUCAUUCUUAAGUAUGAUAGCAUCAACAACUUACUGUAUCAUAAACAUUCACAAGAUAUCAGUUCUUCUGAAGAAGAUAGCAGAAAAAACAAAACAGUUUAUUAUCAUGAGGGAGUGGAUCAGCCCCAUUUUGGAUGGACCAAUGAUUAUUACAGUUGGUGUAUGAUUAGAAAACUAACUAACUUUCAAUUAGAGAGAUGAACAUUUGGUUAAUUUCUAUCAAAAUUUGGAAUGUAACAGUAUUUUAGAAUAGUAACUUUAUUUUUACAUUUUUAUGGGUCAAUCAUGCAACACUUGGUUGUUUUGUGCCUGUAGUCAAGUGCUGGUGUUUUAAGAAAGUGUUACAGAAAGUAAAUUAUGUUGGGGGUUAUUAUAUUAAAAAUAAUACCACAUUUGUAAUAGAUUCAAGAGAAAAGAUCCAUCAAGACUUAAAUCUGCUUAGAUGUACAGUCUGUAUUCUACAAACUAUAUUUUUAGUAAAAUGCAUAAUUUAAGGGAAUAUCUGUAGGUCAUUUAAGCUUAUGUACAUUUUUAUAACUGAUGCUCUAGAAAGGCCAGUGGUUAAUGUUCUAAUAAAUGCUCUGUUCAAAUCAAGUCACAUGAUUGCUGGUUGAAAUAUGUUGGUGACAGCAGCUUGUUUUUGCUUUUAAAGAUUGUUCUGAAGCAUCCUAGCAAAUAUUAAACAACUAGGUGAAAGGUAAAAGCAGGUUGAGUUUUGAAUUCUUGGAAUAAAGUAGUUAGAGAAUAAAGUUAGACAUGGUUGCUGUCAGACAUUACAGACUGCCAGUUGUAUACUGUACUGCUGUUUUACUGAGGUGUCUUACUGUGAUUUAUUAAUGUAAAUAAUUAAGUGUAGUUGACAUAAUGACAGUCAAUGAAAAUCCUACAUUUGAACUGCCACUUCAUUUGCAUGACCACAGGAGAUUAAAGUUAUAUGCAGAUUAAUGGGAAAAAACUAAAUCUGAGUAUAUAUCAUGAUAGUGGUGGAUGGUAGAGUUUAACUUUGAAACUUUUUAUCAUUUACAAAAAUGAAAAGCCAGUGAUGAUGCUCUUCUUUAGUCUACAACUGGGUUAAAGGUUUAAGGCCUCCAUUUGCAAACAGACACUCUGGCCAAAAAGGCCACCCAAACACUGUUUGGGCUGAGGAUGAAAGAGCAGAAUGUUUGCACUGCUAAACAUUGUGUUCCGGGGAAUAGAGGGGAAUGGGUUUCUUGGGAAAUGGAUUUGUAAAGUGGGCCAAUUACAAUGUAGUUUCAUUUGUGAAUUAUGCCUGUACACAUUUUGAUGUUCUUGCACACAGUUUGAUUUCUAAAUCAGAAUAGUAUAUGAGUCAUGAAAUGCCAAAGUGAAUAAAUAAACAGAACAUUUAUACUA